AUGGAAAGCAACAAAAAGCCAACAGAGAAAGAGGAAGCCAACAACAAAGAAGUGACAACAAACAAGCAAACUUCAGAGAAGCUCAAAGAAAAAGAUGACCAAAAGAAGCCUGAAGAAGGAAAGAAGCAGCCACAAAUCUCAAGAAAAGGGAAGGAAGCAAUGGAAGAGCCAACCAAAGAACAAAGGCAUGGAGUAAAAACUUUCACACCUCUAUUGCCAUAUCCCCAAAGAUUCAACAAGGAGACUAAGGACCAACACUUCCCUAAAUUCCUUGAAGUCUUCAAGAAAUUGGAGAUUAACAUCCCUCUGGCUGAGGCAUUAGAGCAAAUGCCUCUAUAUGCGAAGUUUUUGAAGGAGCUUAUCAAUAAAAAGAGAAGUUGGCAAGAGAAGGAAACUGUAUUGCUAACUGAAGAAUGCAGUGCAUUAAUCCAGAAAGGGCUUCCUCCAAAACUGGAGGACCCUGGAAGCUUUUUCCUACCUUGUAUCAUUGGCAACAUAAACAUCAAUAAAGCAAUGUGUGACUUAGGGGAUAGCAUCAAUCUAAUGCCUUCUUCUCUGAUGAAAAGGCUAUGCAUAGAGGAGGUAAAGUCCAUACAGAUGUCACUAGAGCUAGUGGACAAAGCUGUGGUAUUUCCCAAAGGUAUGGUUGAAAAUCUUUUGGUUAAAGUGGAUAAGUUCAUAUUCCCUGCAGACUUUGUGAUUCUGGACCUAGAUGAGGAAGGAAGUGAUUCCAUCAUACUAGGAAGACCAUUCUUGGCUACAGCAAGGGCUAUCAUGGAUGUGGAAUAA